UCUUUUUUUUUUAUUAUUAUUAAAAAUUCGAUGUAGCUUGGUUAACAAAUUGGGUCGGUGGAAGCCAAAGCCAAGGCCAAGUCUGGAAUGAAAAGAGGUGAGUUGACGAGAAAAGCCCAUCCCCACGACAUGAUUUAGGCAAAGUCAAAGAUUGUUGCAGACAUUAAAAUGACAACAACAGCCUUCUCAAAGCUUCCACGAAGGCGAGAUGCAAUUGCAGUCCCGUUGAGGCAACCGGACUCUUCUCUCUGUCCCUGCGCUGUCUAUUGCUGAAGAAGAAAGAGAUCGCAUCUAACCCAAUUUCUCCGUCUUUUCUUCUUCCCUUUCUUCUCACUUUAUAAAUCCCACUUUCAUCCAACCCCAAGUUCCCAAGUUCCCAAAUUCAAAUUCAAAUUCAUCCUGUUCUUAAUUAAUGGCCAGAAAGAGUGCUGCUUUCCACGAUUUGCUGCCUGUAAUGGCAGAGCAAUUAGGGGGAGAGGGCCUGAUAAACGAGCUGUGUAAUGGGUUUCAGCUGCUGAUGGACAAGGAGAAGGGCGUCAUCACGUUGGACAGCCUCCGGUUAAACUCUUCCCUUUUGGGUCUGCGGGACAUGGGAGAGGCGGAGCUUCUCAGCAUGAUGACAGAGGGCGAUUUGGAUGGCGAUGGCGCUUUGAACCAGAUGGAGUUUUGUGUAUUGAUGUUUAGAUUAAGCCCUGAGCUUAUGGAACACUCUUUGUCUUUCCUUCAACACGCUUUCCACAACCAGUUGAAGACCUGCUGAUCAUUUCUCUUGUUUCAGCACGCUCUCCGACGACAGCCAUGGCUUGGGCAAUGGCUAAGCGAGGAAUAGGAAGCCUCUGCAUUUCCAAUUACCCCAGGGUCGCUGUGUUACUCUGUUCUAUGUCGAUAACUCAGUGGUUUUGAAAUAGUUAAAAUUAUUUUUAUUGUAUCUUUGUUUUUAUUCAA